CACUAACUCGUCUAUCCAUCUUAUUCCUCUUUCCAGAGACCAGUAUGCAAAGCCAAGCCAUAAGUUUGCUCCUUGCAGUAUUUACCUUAUAUAUAAUCCAGGCUUACGGCAAUGAAGCUCAGAAAAUACCUACAGACUCUGCCAGAAUUGGUAGCAUUUUAGGACUGCAAGAGGAAGAUGACAAUGGAUUAGAAAAAUCCUCAUUGGAUGACCAAGGCCUUGGAAUUGAUGAUGUUGAUAAACGUAACAGCCUCUUCCGGUUUGGCAAGCGCAGUGGUGUCUUCCGCUAUGGUAAACGUACGUUAUUUCGCUUCGGGAAACGAGGUAAAGCAAUGCGACUGAGUCGAAGUGAUUCCAGCGAAGAACCUGAAGAUGAAGGAUUAAAAAGAACCAUUUUCAGAUAUGGGAAACGUGACGGCGUGGAGGAUCCUUAUGAAUAUGAAGACCCUGCCCUUGCAGUAGCAGUUGUACCUGAGGAUAAACGAAGUAAUUUCUUCAGGUAUGGUAGAAGCCGCACAGUUUUCAGAUAUGGCCGAAGUACCGAAAAAAAGAAAGAGAAACGCCCACACACACCUUUCCGCUUUGGAAGGGAAGAGAAAUGAACAAAUAAUGUUAAAACAAAAGAUCAGAUCAGUAUAACAGACGUGCUCAAUAAACAUGAGAUGAUAUUAAAAAACAAAAUAAAACAAAGAAACAUUAUUAACAAACAUAAUACAAAAUAAACAUGGAGACUUGUAUGAAUUUAUGAUGUAAAAAAAAUAAAGCAACUUGUGUGAGGAAAAAAAAUAUAUCUAAAAUUUUGUCAAAA